AUGAAAACCGUUUUGUGCCUGCAUGGAUACACGCAGAACGGGUCAUUGUUUGCCCGCAAAGCAUCGGCAAUUAGAAAAGCACUUGCAAAGGCAGGCUAUGAAUCGUACUUUUUGUCGGGGCCCAUUUCCGUGAGCCCAAGUGACCUGGAUUUCGCCGUCGAAGAGGGAGCUAGCGAUAUGCUCUCAUGGUGGCCCACUAAUGAGCACGAUCCAAAGUACUAUAAGCUCGGCGAUGCGUUCCAGACUAUAAAGGACGCCGUAGAGACCGCGGGGCCCUUCGAAGGUGUGUUGGGCUUCAGUCAAGGCGCAGGGUUGGCUGCCGUGGUCACCCGACACCUGCCCGAGUUGGUGCCGUCCCAUCCACCUCUCAAGUUCGCAGUGCUCUAUUCCGGUUUCAAGCUCAAGCCGGAGGAGUAUGCUCACUUUUACGAUCCCAAACUCUCUACCCCUUCUCUGCAUGUUAUAGGCACGCUAGACACAAUCGUGAGUGAAGAGCGCAGCAUGGCCCUCUAUGACGCGUGCGAAAACCCCCAGAUUCUCAAACAUCCCGGUGGACACUACGUGCCCUCUCAAAAGCCCGUUGUCGAAGCUGUCAUGGCUUUCAUUAAAAGCACCGAGUCUCCGCUCUCCCCCAGCGAUGAAGACAGUGCAAGCGAUUGGGAUCAGUUCGAUAAAAUUGGUGGUAAUUAA